GAGCAGUCGCUGGUUGGUUGGCCGUAUCUUAUCGACAUGAAACUGGCAUUUGUAACUGGGUCAAAUAAAGGUAUCGGGUUUAGUAUCAUUGAAAAACUUUUGAAAUUAUACCGCCCUACAGGAGAAUGGGAUGUGUUUCUAACAGCUCGUAAUAUUGGACUUGGUCAGGAAGCUGUGAAAAAGCUCAAUAACAAGGGCCUGGAUGUUAAAUUCCAUCAGCUAGAUAUAACGGAUCGAGAUAGUCGAAAAGCGUUCCUAGCAUUUGUAGAGAGAAACUAUCCCAAUGGAAUCAACGUUGCAGUUAAUAAUGCUGGAAUUGCCCACAAAGCUAACUGUUUGGUUCCAUUUGGCAAUCAAGCACGUAGUUUGGUGAACACCAACUUUACUUCAACUGUCGAUUUCACGGAAGAGUUCAUUCCUUUACUAGCUGAAAAUGCCAGAGUCGUUAAUAUCUCUGCUACUCUCUCUCUGUUCAUGUUAAAGAAACUCAGUAGUGAUCUUUACGAAAAAUUUGUCGGCCCUAUGAACCUUUCGGAGUUGAAAAAACUUAUGGUGGAGUUUGUAAGAUCUGCUGAGGAUGGCACUUAUUCUGAGAAAGGUUGGCCUUCAAAUGCCUAUGGAGUAUCCAAAAUGGGUCUUACAAAGGCUUCGUUUAUUUUCGGUGAUAUGCUGAAAGAUGAUCCAAGAGGGGUUGUGGUAAAUUCGUGUUGUCCUGGUUUUGUUGACACUGAUAUGACUGACCAUAAAGGUGUGAAGACAACGGAUGAAGGUGCUGACACACCGUUCUAUUUGGCCACACUACCUUUAGGAUCAAACAAACCUAUCAAUCAGUUCGUAUAUGAAAGAAGAGUGGUUAAAUGGUCCAAAUGAUCUCCACAUAAAUUUUAUUCUGCACAGGUGUAUUAGCAGAAUGUUAUUGCUGAACUUUCUUAUCAACGUACGUUAUGUUACCCACUUUUUUUAUUAGAUUUCAGAUGUGAAUCAUUCUGUUUCUUAGUCUAAUCUGUUUACGAAUAGAAGCGAUGUCUACCUUAGUAUUAUUAUCAUUAUUAUUAUUAAUAUUGUUGUCGUUGUUGCUAUUCUGUGAUGUUUGGCUGUACCAUGUGUUGUUAUUCAGGACAUAGCUUCUUCGGUUUCAUUUAAUUUACUGGAAUGUUUGUUUUGUGCAUGUAUUUUAUUUUGGUCUGUUCAUAUGAUUCUAACGUGUUUUCAAGUAAUGAAUGUUGAAAAUGUUUACUGUGUGCAAACUGUUUAGUGAGAUAACUGGUGUUUUACUUUGAGUUGAAGCUGAGAGUGGGUGGUUUAUGUUUGAGUCCGCCUCCAAUGAAAUAUAUGACGAUGGCGAAUUGUUAUGAACAGGUGACUUGUAAUAGUUUAUUCUGAAUUGAAAUAGAUUUCUGCACAAGUUUUAUUUUAUUUGAUGAAAUGUUCACUCACCGUUCUUCAUUAUAUUAUGUCACUAGGUGAUUUCGAGCAGCAUUUAUCAAACGAACUUUCGUUAUUCUACAAUGGAGAGUAGUAUGAAUGUUUCAGUUUUUCUAGAAGAUUGAUUUUAAGAAUAUUUGUUGGACGGGAUGAGAUUAGUGGGGUUCCUCCAUAGUUCGUUGCCUUGG